AUGGUCUUGCCACACGAACCUGAAUUCCAACAAGCUUACAACGAAUUAGUCCACGCUCUUGAAGACUCUACCUUGUUCACCGAACAACCAAAGUACAAGAAGGUUAUCCCUGUUGUCUCUGUCCCAGAAAGACUCAUCCAAUUCAGAGUCUCUUGGGAAAACGACAAGGGUGAGAUCGAAGUCAACAAUGGUUUUAGAGUUCAAUUCAACUCCGCCUUGGGUCCAUACAAAGGUGGAUUGAGAUUCCAUCCAUCCGUCAAUUUGUCGAUCUUGAAGUUCUUGGGUUUCGAACAAAUUUUCAAAAAUGCUUUGACCGGCUUGUCCAUGGGUGGUGGUAAAGGUGGUUGUGACUUCAACCCUAAGGGUAGGUCCGAUGCUGAAAUCAGAAGAUUCUGUGUAGCCUUCAUGAGACAAUUGGCCAGAUACAUCGGUUCUGAUACUGAUGUUCCAGCUGGUGACAUUGGUGUUGGUGGCCGUGAAAUUGGUUUCCUCUUUGGUGCCUACAAACAAAUGCAAAACAACUGGACUGGUAUCUUGACCGGUAAGGGUUUGACCUGGGGUGGUUCCUUGAUUCGUCCAGAAGCCACGGGUUAUGGUGUUGUCUACUACGUCGAAAAGAUGAUCGAAAAGGCCACUCAAGGUAAAGAAUCCUUCAAGGGUAAGAGAGUUGCUAUUUCUGGUUCUGGUAAUGUCGCACAAUACGCUGCUCUCAAGGUCAUUGAAUUGGGUGGUACAGUUGUUUCCUUAUCUGAUUCUAAGGGCUCCAUCAUUUCCCAAACCGGUAUCACGCAAGAACAAAUCGCUGCCAUUGGUGCCGCCAAGUUGAAGUUCAAGUCUUUAGAAGAAAUCAUCGUGGACUCUGCUUCUGCUUUCUCCGGCUCCAACUCCGUUGAGUACUUGGCUGGUGUGAGACCAUGGGCCAAGGUUGGCCAGGUCGACAUUGCUUUGCCCUCUGCCACUCAGAAUGAAGUCUCUGGUGAAGAAGCUCAAGCUUUGAUCGAGGCUGGUGUCAAAUAUGUCGCUGAAGGUUCAAACAUGGGUUCCACCAAGGAAGCCAUUGACAUCUUCGAAGCCAACAGAAACAACAACGUCUGGUACGCUCCAGGUAAGGCUGCUAACUGUGGUGGUGUUGCCGUCUCUGGUUUGGAAAUGGCCCAAAACUCACAAAGAGUCCAAUGGACUGCUGAAGAAGUUGACGCAAAGUUGAAGAACAUCAUGUACACUUGUUUCGAAAACUGUUAUGAAACUGCUGUUAAGUACUCUGCUGAAAAGAACGCUGCUGGCUUGCCAUCCUUAUUGAAGGGUGCCAACAUUGCUGGUUUCAUCAAGGUUGCCGACGCCAUGUUCGACCAAGGUGACGUUUUCUAAAUGUCCCCUAGUGACAAUAGAGAUAAGUAUAGUUCCAAAAGACUCGCAUUAUUGUUUUCAAUUCUCUAGAUUAUGUUAAAGUAUUAAGUUUAAAGGUUAGGUAUAUACAAGUUGAUAUACAGUUGUAAUAAG